GUGAAAUAUAAGGUGAAUAUGUCCGGCCUCCAAAUGUGUGGCCAACGUUUUUUGAUGCUUAUUCUGACAGAAGUUUCUAAAGUACUGUUUUUUGAAGUCGUUUCCAGCUAGGAUUUCAAGUUGAAUUUUUAAACUUAAACGAAGUUUUCCAUACUAUAUAACACAGAAAACUGCAGUGUACGUCUCACAACCACAAUCAAUAAAGAUUGGAAAUUGAACUGACACUGUUAUUCUUUUUAAAUGGUUGCAACCAAAUAUUUAAAAAUUUACAAGGUUAUCGGGAAAUAGUCAGUUGUUACUGUUAGGAUGGGUUUAGAGAGGUUUUGUGAAUUUAUUGGGAGGUCUGGGAAGAAAAUAGAGCAUUAUAGUAAAUUCAUUCCUGUUUCACUAAGUUUGAAACAUCUGCUACAUUUCGGUGAGAGUGCUCCAGCUUCAAAAUCAUUUGAAUUUCUGAAAUAUGAGCUCCCAGUGCGUCUUGCUAAUAUUAUGCAAGAAUGCCGACUUCUCCCCGUCGUACUGAAGGAGUCAAGAUCAUUUCAACAUAUAUGUUCGCUAUAUGAAGAGACAUUUGAUACCCUUAUGAAAUAUGAAGAAUGUGCAUCAAAGACACCAUCUGCUGUUUCUGCAUUUACGGAUGAUAUGGACGGCAUACUGCGGAAACACUCAAGGGUUGUUGAAAUUUUGGCACUGGGCAUUAAAGAAAUUCAGAGUAGUAGCUCCUGGACAGUGGAUGAGGAAUUGCAACUGCAAUAUUUCCUGGAUCGAUUUUACGUGAAUAGGAUUGGAAUACGCACUCUACUGAAUCAGCACGUUCUACUUUAUGGACCUUCAUUUGGCAACAUACAAUCUCAUAUUGGAAACAUCGAUCCAGAUUGUAGUCCAGUUCAGAUUGCAAUUAAUGCAUAUAGUUACUCGAGAUUAUUAUGUAUGCAGGUGUAUGGUCGUGCACCUGGCUGUGAUAUCGAAAUUCAUGAUUGUGUAGAUAAAGACUGUGCUACUGGUGGUGGUUUUAACAAAAUUGAUUUUUGUGUCGAUGCAACUGGCCAUCCAUCCACCAGGUCAUAUCUUUUGGAGAAUCAACCGGACUGUACAGAUAUAUCUGUCAAGGGCAAAGAUGUAACAUUUUGUUAUAUACCUGGUCAUUUAUUUUAUAUGUUAUAUGAAUUAUUGAAAAAUUCAAUGAGAGCUGUUGUUGAGAAUCACACUCUUGAUGAUAAUUUGCCGAGAUUACACAUCCUUAUAUCCAAUGCACCUGAAGAUAUUAUUAUCAAGAUUACAGAUUUCGGUGGAGGAAUGACACUGAAUAUGGUUGAAAGAACUUUCGGUUAUAAUUUUACAACAGCUAUUCACUCUACACAUUUAUAUUCAAAUUUUUUAAAUCUUGAAGAGAAUUAUUCGUCAGUUCCAAAUGUCAGUCAAAUCACACCAAAUAAUCGUAUGACGUAUGAAGUACAAUCAGAGCGUAGUACUUGUACACCAAUAGCUGGUAGAGGGCAUGGUUUACCAUUGAGUAGACUAUAUGCUAAAUAUUUAGGCGGUAAUCUAAAUCUUUUCUCUGUUGAAGGUGUAGGCACAUCAGCAUUGAUCCAUUUGAAACGAAAACCUGAAAAUGCACAUGAACUUAUUCCAAUAUUUAAUCAUACUACCAAGUCAUUUUAUGAAAAUAACACUAUGGAACGUGAUUGGAUUUCAAGUUCACAGUUUGGUAUACAUUCUAAUAAAACUUUACGUGAAUCUUGUAUCAUAUCUCCUUGA